AUGUCUCCUGACCACGUUUACGAUAUUCAGGAGCUCGCCCCUGAUGAACGCACUGUGGCUGGCAAGCGCUAUCGCAAUUAUCUCAGGUUCGCAUCGCAAACAGCAUUAUGGGCGGCGUACGUCUACUUCGCGGCUCGAUUGUUCUUCAUCCUAACGACUCCGGAGCGAACAUGGAAAAUGUGGGCCAUGUUUACCGUGGAGGGUUUCUUUGCCUAUAUGUCGCACAAUCAUCAUCAAUUGUCUGCUGCAGCAACAAAGCCAUCAGAGCAAAAGUCUCGAGGAAGAUUGAGAUUGCGCAGUAGCGACUGCCUACCCCGGGUCGAUGUCUUGAUCACUUGCUGUGGAGAACCAUCCGAUGUCAUCCUCGACACAGUGCGAGCAGCCUGUGUCCUGGACUAUCCGUCGUCUCUUCUCCGAGUCAGGGUUCUAGACGACGGAGCAUCAACCGAGCUGCAGGAAGCAGUCACCAAGCUCUCCCUAAAAUGGAACCACCUCCACUACCACACGCGUGGCAAGCAAUCCGGUAAAUCCUUCGCAAAAGCGGGAAACCUCAACUACGCCCUAUUCUCUCUGCAAACCGAGGAUCCACCUGAAUUCUGCACAGUCGUGGACGCAGACUCAAUCCUCAUGCCAGAGUUCCUGCGCGCAACUCUGCCACAUCUACUCCUAGACCCAGAGGCAGCCUUACUGACCACGCGCCAAUAUUUCUACAAUCUGCCAAAUGGCGAUCCACUUUCGCAGUCACGGGCAUACUUCUACACAUGCGAGAAUACAGAACUCGAUCUUCUUAAUCAUGCCUUGGAUGCCGGGUCCGGUGCGGUCUUCCGUCGCGACGCUAUUCUUAAUGCUGGCGGCUAUCCGACGUACUCUUUCUCGGAGGACUGGCAACUUUCCCUGAUCCUACGGGGACUGGGGAAGCGCACGAUGCAAGUACAGGAAGUGCUGCAAUUUGGACUUGUUCCUACUUCUCUCGCUGGACAUGUCAAGCAGCGCAACCGAUGGCAUAUUGGCCAUUCUCAGCAGAUCUCUGUGAUGUUUCCCUCGGCAAACAAGGGAAUCCCCGAGAAGCUGCGUUGGGAUAUUGCUAUUGGUGGAUUGACCAUCAUUGCAGGAUUGCUUUGCUACGUGAUGGGAUAUGUCGCUCUGCCUUUCCUUUUGGUCUUUGGGGACUCUUUGAUCCCUGCUGAAUCAGCAGUACAGGUCAAGGCUCAGGUUAUUCUUGCCACCAUUUAUGUUGCGUCUACUUGGGCUUAUGACUGGUUCCGGAGUGCGCAUGCUGGUGUUCCAUUUGCGCCUUUUGCACAUGCUGAGAAUAGCUGGCUGGCUGGUGCGCAUCUAUAUGCCGUCAUCAGGUUUCAGCUGUUCGGAAGCAAACCCAAAGGCUCCUUCGUCACUGGUAGCACAGCUAAUUCCAGUGAAAACGCUACAUCCAUUUCGGCCUUGAAGAAGGCAUACAGAGAUAUCCUCCAAAGUAGCAGCGGCAUUCUGUUUAAUGUGGGCUUGUUCUUUGCGAGUGUGGGUGCCUUCGUUAUUGCGAUCCAGAUGGCCAUCUACCGUCAUGGAGAUCUUGUUACAAGAGCUCUUACCACUGUUGCCUGGCCACCCUUGCUCCAUUUGAGCUUUUUGGUAAUAUUCAAUAACUGGGUGCCUGUUAUGCAUUUGUUCAAUCAUCCGGAAUACUACUCCAGAGAGGACAGGCUGGUUGCUUCGGAGAAGAAUAUUUCGUAUCCGAAAACUGGGGUUGAAAAGGAUGCUGCGUCUGAGCGGUCAUUUGCUGCUAUUUGUUGUUCUGUCUUGGUUCCAGUGACUCUUGUGGGUCUGAUGAUGGGUGUUCUGAGCUUAUAG